UAGUUGAUGACCUUAUUCUUGCAAUUGCAACCAUUUGGUUACCCCCAAAGCCCAGAACACUUUUUUUUUUUCUUUCCCGGAUUUUCUUAAGAAACCUACAUAAUUAAGAUUAGCCAGCAAUUUCUUAUUUCAUCUUCUCUGCCCAAAACUUAAAAUCCAGAAUUCAAGCGGCAACUUUCAUGCCAGACUGAAGUACAACCAACAACAAGCAGGCAAAUACUGGCAUGAGUGUAUGGCUUGCCAUUGGUUGUCUUAUCUUCAUGCCUACUCAUGGUCAACUGGGUUCUUAGGGAAGACGUUUCUUAAGCACGGGGUCAGCAGGAACCUUUGCAAAUCUUAUGUAAUCAAUUUCUCUUCAGCUAUCCAUGUAAAGGGUGUUUCCAAGUUAUCUUUCAGUUCAGAACGAAAUAUUAUUAGCUUCCGUGAUGUCUCUUCUGGUAGCAACGUGGAUACUUCCUUGGAAAGCGUGCAAGGGAACGGACAACGCGUGUUUCCACAUUCUGUUGACCCCAAUGUCUCGGAAGUAAGCAAAGAUGUUUCAAAUGGUAGGGUGAUGCUCAUUGAUGGGACAGCUGUUAUCUAUAGAGCCUACUACAAGCUUUUAGCAAAAUUACACCAUGGCUAUCUAUCUAAUGCUGAUGGCAACGGAGACUGGGUUUUGACGAUAUUUGCAGCUUUAUCUCUUAUAAUUGAUGUACUUGAAUUCAAACCAUCUCAUGUGGCAGUGGUGUUUGACCAUAUUGGAAUGGGUGAUUCUACUAUUUCCUCAAAAGAAAGUGUAAUGUUCAAAGGGAGAAAUUUUCGCCACACCAUGUAUCCACAAUAUAAAAGCAACCGUGGUCCUACACCUGAUACUGUGGUUCAAGGACUUCAGUAUCUAAAAGCGUCCAUCAAGGCUAUGUCAAUUAAAGUACUUGAGGUGCCUGGUGUUGAAGCUGAUGAUGUUAUAGGAACCCUUGCUUUGAGGAGUGUUGAGGGUGGUUACAAGGUCCGGGUUGUCUCACCUGAUAAAGAUUUCUUCCAGCUUCUGUCGCCUUCCUUGCGUCUUCUGCGAACUGCUUCCCGUGGAGAUGAGAUGGUUUCAUUUGGCCUGGAGGACUUUGCAAAAAGAUAUGGAACUCUAACUCCUUCUCAGUUUGUUGAUGUUGUUGCACUUGUUGGUGACAAAAGUGAUAACAUCCCAGGGGUAACAGGAAUAGGAGAAGUCAAUGCUGUUCAGUUGAUAACAGAAUAUGGUUCUCUGGAAGAAUUGCUGUCUAAUGUUGAUAGAGUGAAACAAGGCCAUAUAAAAGAGGCGCUGAUAUCAAGCGUUGAUCUCGCUCGCCUGAGUAAAGAAUUGGCUAUGCUACGGGAUCUUCCUCAUUACAUUGUUCCAUUUGCUACAACUGAUCUGAUAUUCCGAAAACCAGAGGACGAUGGGGAGAAGUUCACGGCCCUAUUGAAUGCAAUUAGUGCAUAUGCUGAAGGUUUUUCAGCAGAUCCCAUCAUCAGAAAGGCACUCUACUUGUGGAAGAACCUAGACAAUCAGUAACCAGAUUGGCAUUUUGGUUUGCUUCAAGCUAUUGGGAAAUUCAGAAGUUGCAGAUGCAAGAUCCUGAGACCUGGAGUGUUGACAUUUUACAUUCUUUUUCUGGGAAAUUCAACAAGAGAUUUUCCUUGUAAAUAGACAUGUUUAGCCGGUCCUUGUCAUUGUAGUAUGGCUUGCUAUACUCAUAUAAAACAUAUAGAUCUUCCAGGUUCAAGAUUUAUGUAGAAUAUUCUUGCAGGUCGUUCAUAUAGUGAUAAAGUUCCAAGCUUUACUAAUACAAA